AUGUGUAACUUGGUUCCACCGCUGAGAAUCACCCAUUGCACCGGAUCACGAAUGCACGUCGACUACUACCUGCUCGCUAUCGAUUCGUUCUCUAAGUGGCCCGAGAUCAUCCGAACGACCCGCAUCACCUCUGCUGCGACCAUCAGCAUCUUGCGUGGGUUGUUCGCGCGGCUGGGUAUGCCCGUAACCUUGGUCAGUGACAACGGUACCCAGUUUACCAGCGCCGAAUUCGCCGAUUUCUGCGCUUCCAAUGGCAUCGAGCACCUCACGACAGCACCGUUUCAUCCACAAUCAAAUGGCCAGGCGGAACGAUUUGUGGAUACCUUCAAGCGAGCCGUCAAGAAAAUUUGA